AUGAAAUUUUUUAACUAUAAUAAAAGAGAUGCUUUAGGUGUAUUAGGAAGAUAUCUAGAAGCAGUAGAAAGCUAUGAUAAAGCAAUCAAAAUCAGUCCAAAUAAUGCCAAGUUUUAUAAUGGUAAAGGCAAUAAAUUUUUUGUUUUAGAGAGAUUUCAAGAAGCAGUACAAUGCUAUGAUAAGGCAAUCAAACUUGAACCCAACAAUCCUUUGCAUUUCUGCAGCCGAGCAAGAGUAUUUAAUAAUCUCAGACAAGAAGAAGCAGCUUUGCAGGACUUUAAUACGGCUUAUAAUUUGAUGCAAGAAAAUCAAGAAAGUGGUGUUUUCACUGGGGAUGAAUGGAACCUUUCUGAAAAAGAGAUCAAUUUUAUUAACGACGUAUUAGGCCAAGACCGUAUUGAACUACUCCAAAAAAUGCAGAUUUAA